AUGUAGGAGUGUUCUCGGGCUGUCAACCAAAAUUACGAACUCCCGGAACACGAGGCGUUUCAUCCAGCCAUUCGUUGCGACGCCGAGAACACCACAAUUUCCCACCUUUAUCUCUUGCUUCGACCUCGAUAUGGGUGCCGUUUGGUCAAGAGUCAAGGUCUUACGCAUCGCUGUGAAGCAAGUCCUUGCGCUUUCUGCUUCUUAUGAACGUCUUCAGAAGCGCAUACAGCAAGAUCCUGGUUUACCUGUUCCGAAUCCAACGCAUUCAUUUUGGCAUGAUGUACCCUCACCUAUCUCUACUCAUAUACCGGACUCGUUGCCUCGGUAUGCCGACGUCGUUAUCAUCGGCUCCGGAAUCACUGGUGCGAGCGUUGCGCGUACUCUUUUCCGCGAAGGCGGUUCAGAUCUUAAAGUCCUAAUGCUGGAAGCAAGGGAAACUUGUUCUGGUGCAACCGGCAGGAAUGGUGGACACAUCAAGCCUCCUUUACACCAUGACUACCUCAUGCUAAAGAAGAAAUUCGGCGCACAACAGGCAGCGAAGCUGGUCCGGCUGCGUCUCAUGCAUGUUCGUGAAAUACUCGCGGUCGCCGACGAAGACGACGUCCUGGAUGACUGCAACUGUCGCGAAGUCGAUAGUUUAGAUGUUUACUUUACACGCGAAACGUUUGAUGAGGCCAAGGAGUCCCUCCAAGCUUGGAGGGAAGAUAUGCCGGAGGAGUCGACAGAUUAUGCCUGGGUCGAAGGUAAAGAAGCCAUUGAAGUAAAUUACGAAUCCCUCAUUUUCUUGAUUAUUCAAUUUGGCUUACAAUCUUCCCGGUUGUGGAUCGUUUAUCUUGACAGAAUAACAGGAGUCGUCUACAACACAGCAGGCGCCGUUCACCCUUAUCGUUUCGUAACAGGCAUCCUCGCCCGCCUCCUGGAUAAGCACGAAGGUCGAUUUACACUAUCAACACAUACACCAUGUACCGGUAUCUCCGUUCAAUCUGGUUUAGCCGACACACCUCUUCCUCUUUACAGGGUAGAGACUCCACGUGGUUCCAUACUCACACGACACGUGGUGCACGCGACCAACGCUUGGGCAUCCCACCUUCUUCCACAGAUGCGUACGAAGAUCAUAUGCGUACGGGGAAACAUGACUGCACAGCGUCCUGGUAAUGCAUUGACUCCUUCGACACUUGACGGACAACGGAGUUGGGUGUUCUACGAUAAGCAUAUUGGUUAUGAUUACCUCACACAACUCCCAAACGGAGAGUACGAACUCAUGUUUGGCGGUGGAUUCGUGCAGGCAGGCGAGGAUGGGCUUGGUGAGAUUGGUUGUUCAGAUGAUUCGCAGUACAAUUCUGGCGUUGCAGCGCAUCUCUCCGGAGCUCUGCCUGUUCUUUUUGGUGGAAAGAAUUGGGGAUCUGAAGCUGCUCCGUCGUUGAAUAGGACGGACGAAGGCGGUAACGAAGAUGAACGUUGGUUCCCAGGUCGCAUGAAGGCGAUAUGGAGUGGUAUUAUUGGAAUUUCCGCUGACAGAAUACCCUGGGUUGGACGCAUGCCACAGAAACUCUCAGACCGCGUUUUACCCUCCCUAAUACAAACAGGGGACACUAAGAUGGAUGCAACAGGCCAUAGUGAGAAGGUCAGGAAUGCAAGGACUGCGCCUCCUGGCGAGUGGAUCGCAGCAGGAUACAGUGGCGAGGGUAUGGCACAUGCUUUCUUGUGUGGUCGAGCAGUUGCCAUGCAGGUUCUUGACCGCGCACAUGAUGCAGCUGCUUGGUUACCUGAAUGUCUUGCUGUUACUGAGGCUCGUUGGGCUAAAGCCCGUGCAGAAGAUUUGAUUGAGGAACUCUGGGGCUGAGCUUCAGGACACAUAACCAUUGACCCUUUAGUUCAUUGGAUACAGGUAAUUGAAUGUUCAACCAUAGUGCUUGUAUUAGAAUGUAUCAUCCCAUCUUUAGACUAGGAGAUUCUGAAACAUUAAAAC